GGAAUCGGCGGCGGCCGUUGGCCGUUGGCGCGGCUUGGGCGGUUGUCUUGGAGAAGCAAGAUGGCGGCGACGGCGGCCGCGGUGGUGCCGGAGGAGGACACGGAGCUGCGAGACCUGCUGGUGCAGACGCUGGAGAACAGCGGGGUCCUGAACCGCAUCAAGGCUGAACUCCGAGCAGCUGUGUUUUUAGCCCUAGAAGAGCAAGAAAAAGUAGAGAACAAAACUCCUCUAGUCAAUGAGAGCCUGAGAAAGUUCUUGAACACAAGAGAUGGCCGGCUGGUGGCUGGUCUUGUUGCAGAAUUUCUUCAGUUUUUCAAUCUUGACUUCACCUUGGCCGUUUUUCAGCCUGAAACUAGCACAUUUCAAGGUCUUGAAGGUCGAGAGAAUUUAGCCCGAGACCUAGGUAUUAUUGAAGCAGAAGGUACUGUGGGUGGACCUUUAUUAUUAGAAGUGAUCAGACGUUGUCAACAGAAAGAAAAAGGAUCAACCAAUGGGGAGGGUGCGCUAGAUCUCUCUGAUGUGCAUUCUCCACCGAAGUCACCAGACGGCAAGACGAGUGCACACAGCGGUCCCAGCAAGAUACCAAGGUACACAGGACAAGGUAAGAAGAAGACAAGCAGGCGGAAGUCUGGUGCCAAGGCCAACAGUGAGGCCAGUCAGAGUGACACAAGUCUCUCCUCAUCAGAACCAAAGAGCAGAAGCAGUCUCCACUUGUUGACUCAUGAAACGAAAAUUGGAUCUUUCCUAAGUAACAAAAGUCUAGAUGUCAAAGACAAAGCUGGUCUUUGUCCAGACGGAGAUGAUAUGGAAGGGGAUUCUUUCUUUGAUGAUCCCAUUCCUAAACCAGAAAAAACUUACGGUUGGAGGAGCGAGCCCGGGCCGCCCGCCGGAAGCCUCGCCUCGCUCUCGGACGCGCCCCCCUUGAAGAGCGGCCGCAGCUCCCUGACCGGAGCCCCCGGAGCCCCCUCGUCCGCAGAGGCCGGAAGUAAAAGAGGAAACGCGGUUUUGAAAGAUCUGAAGUUGGUCAAUGAUAAAGUUGGAUCGCUUGGGUUAGGGACUGGAGAAGACGACGACUAUGUUGAUGACUUUAACAGUACCAGCCAUCGCUCAGAAAAAAGUGAGCUGAGUAUUGGUGAAGAGAUCGAGGAAGAUCUUUCUGUGGAAAUGGACGACAUCAAUACCAGUGACAAACUUGAUGACCUGACGCAGGACCUGACUGUGUCCCAGCUCAGUGAUGUCGCGGAUUAUCUGGAAGACGUUGCGUAGACACGAAAGGAGGAGGUGUUCUCAUCAACAAAGGACAGAGGACUGUGAUCAGUUGCAUCCCCCCCCGCCCCCCCCCGCCCAGACAAUCACUCUUUGCUGGAAUGUCUGCUCCCUGUUGGUGCCUUGUGUUUCAAAAAGACUGCAGAUAUUUUUAAAAAUUAACUUUUCGUUAUACUAAACAAAACGCUUCCGACUUGAGCCCGUGUGUGGAAGAUACAAGUUCUUAAUUUGGUUUGGCUGCACAUUUCUCUGUGGAAAUUGAUUGUCUACAACUCAGACUCCUCACAGGGAGUGAACCCAUGAAAAUACGAGUAUUAAGAGCAUCCUGAAAGGUGUCAAUAAAGCUGUAGGUUCACACAACUGUGUGUGUGUGUGUGUGUGUGUGUGUGUGUGUGUGUGUGUGUGUGGCUUGAGCCGUCUAGAAUCAAAGCAUAUUUGAUAUUAGGUGGUUCUGCACAUACUUGGCGAAACGACCUGGUACAUGUGCAGCAUUGAAGCCUGUUACUUUAAGUUGAAUUUGAUGUGUCCGCUUUAUUGUGUAUUUCCUUCCAUCUGGAAGGGUUGUUAGACCAGGAAGCUUGUAUGAAAACACUUGUGUGUGUGCUACGUAGUUUUGCUUGAUUUGAAGAAAUCUAGAGGUUGCUCUGACUUUUAGUUCCUGGACUUGUCGCUGACAUUGGUGGUCGCUGCCCAGGUCCACGUAAGGAGCGUCAGUGGCAGGUUGUGUUCUUUAUAGUCAUAAUUUAUUGCUUAUAAAGAUGCCUGGAAACAGACGAAAUGCCAAAGGCGUCGGAAAGCAUGAAGCAGUGCUUUUAUUUCAGAUGUGUAGGCUGGUCGUACUCAGAUCCAGAUUGGACUGGAACAGUGGUGAUGGCCUAAGACCACAUCUGGUCUGACGGGCUUUACCCACUCACUCUAGGUCGUUCCACCACGGCCCUUUGCACACGGGGCCAGUGCCGGCCUGGGGGCAGCCCCCCUCCCCCGCACCUGCCGAGCUGCUGUCCACGUAGGUCACCGAGGGCUCUGAGGUCUCCGUUCCAGACAGCCCAGAGAGGGCACGUCCGUUCCUGUUUGUGUAAGUGACGCUGUGAUUAUGUGUUACGUUCUGUACUUUUUUAUUUGAAUUAAAUUAUGCUUUUUAUUAGAAGUCACCUUUAUUAAUAAAGAGUGAACUAGA